UCCCGCCCUGCCUCCCGCGCCAUCUCGCCUCUCAUCGCCGCCCCGCCUCCCGCCCCGCCCCGCCUCGCCUCUCAUCGCCGCCUCGCCUCCCUCCGUCCUUCCUGGCCGCCGGGCUUCCUCUCCGUCGCCGGCUACGCGCGUGAGGAAGGAGGAGGAGCCGCACCGCGUGGAUCCAGGGCAGUGGUGUCCAUCCCGCGUCAGAAGGGAGAAGGAGCCGGUUAUCCCACCAUGGAUGGGACAACUGAUGCAAGCCCUUCGUCAAAACUCCAUACAAGACUCAGACUCUGGGAGUUUCCGGACUCUUAUAUAUUUGAACCAAUUGAUGGCCUUGCUGACUUGUACUUGUCAGUUAGCCGGACCAGCGGAACAAUGAAUCUAGUUCAAGACUUGCCGUCACGUGGAUCCACUACAAAAUAUAAAGUUCAAACAGUAUAUGGUGUGAUAGGAGUGCUCAAACUUGCAGUUGGAUCAUAUUUUGUGGUGGUCACGGAUCGUGAUUGUGUGGGAUCCUACUUUGGACAUGCAAUUUUUAAAGUGACAGGACUAAAAGUUCUUCCCUGCAAAAAUGCACAUAACACUACCUCUGCUGAGCAGAAAAAAAUGGAAACAGAAUUCUCGGAACUCCUGGAUGCUGCAGAGAGGACUGUUGGCCUUCACUUUUCCUAUGAUAUCAACCUAACACUUUCUGCACAGAGGCUACAUGAUCUAGGCGAUGAGUAUAAAGCUCUUCCUCUUUGGAGACAGGCGGAACCAAGAUUUCUAUGGAACGCGUACUUGUUAGAACCUCUAAUUGAGAACAAGCUGAACCAGUACUUAUUGCCAGUAAUUCAAGGCAGUUUUCAAAAUAUCCAAGCAGAAGUUGGGUCAGAGAAGGUAAAUGUGACCCUGAUUGCACGUAGGUGCACACGAAGGAUAGGUACUCGAAUGUGGAGACGAGGAGCUGAUGCAGAGGGUUAUGCUGCAAACUUCGUUGAAUCAGAGCAGAUAAUGCAGUCAAAAGGGUUUACAGCAUCCUAUGUACAAGUUCGAGGCUCUAUGCCAUUCUUGUGGGAGCAGAUUGUUGAUUUGACAUACAAACCUAGUUUUGACAUUGUUAGACAAGAGGAGGCACCUCGUGUACUUGAGAGGCACUUCCAUGAUUUGCAAAAGAAAUAUGGAGCUGUCUUAGCUGCUGAUCUUGUCAAUACAGGUGGCGGUGAGGGUCGCCUCCGUGAAAGAUAUGCAAAAUCUAUUGAACCUAUUCUUAGUGAAGAUAUAAGAUAUGUGCACUUCGACUUCCACCGAGUUUGUGGUCAUAUUCACUUUGAGCGCCUUUCUCAGCUGUAUGAUCAGAUCAAGGACUAUCUUCAGAAACAUAAGUACUUCCUUGUAAAUGAUAAAGGAGAGAAAAUUGAGGAGCAGACUGGCACUGUAAGAACAAAUUGUAUAGAUUGUUUGGAUCGCACCAAUGUGACUCAGAGCAUGAUUGGGCGAAAUAUUCUGGAAAGCCAACUUCAACGUAUAGGAGUUUUUGGUGCUGGUGAUACAAUAAGCAAACAUGCAGCCUUUGAUACAAACUACAAAGUUUUGUGGGCCAAUCAUGGAGAUGCAAUAAGCAUUCAGUACUCUGGAACUCCUGCUCUGAAGGGAGAUUUUGUUCGGUAUGGGAAGCGAACUACUGAAGGAAUUCUGAACGAUUUGAAGAAUGCACUCGGUAGAUACUACUUCAAUAACUUCGCUGAUGGGACUAAGCAGGAUGCCAUGGAUCUUCUUCAAGGACAUUACAUGACAUCUGUUAGUCGAGACAUGGCAGUCCCAACCAAAGCAGGACUUCUGGACAGUUAUGCGUCCUUCCGCCUUGCUUUUGCAUUGGUUAUGGGAGCUCUAAUGUUCAUGAUGAUGUCACUAAGACAAGCCCGGAAUGAUGUUCGCCAUUUGUUGCUGUCACUUCUGUGGGCUGGUCUUUGUAUUGGCAUCACACAAUUUGUUAAAGCCAAUGGUCGCACGUUCACUAACCGACCUAGGUUUCACAAGUCACGCCAUUGAUGGAUGCAAGCUCGUCAGGCGACCUAGGUUUCACUUGUUGAUACACAUUCGUUUACAUGAAGUGUUGCAUUUUUUUGGCACGGUACUUGCCCUAUGUAAUAAGUUUUCUUCUAUUUUGUAACAAGUUUUUGUUUCCUUCUCUCCUACUUUUGAUUCAUACUGUUCUGGCCAUCAUGGUCUUUUGGUAGAAUUCAUUUGUAAAAACCAAGUGAACACGCCUUCAGCACAUAUCAGUGCAUUAUGAUUUUUUUUUUCAUAUUACAUAUUUGAGUC